AUGUUCAACGACAUCACGGCGCUGCUGCUCCAUCCGGGCGUGUUCAAGGACGCCAUGGACAUGUUCAUGGAGCGCUACCGCGGCAUGGGCAUCGCGGCCGUCGCAGGUAAGAUUAUUACCCUUAUCCGACCGCCCGGCCCUCUCACGAGUCAAUCAUGCAGUACCUUCUCACCAAAGUGUAUGCCACUUCCAUGCUAG